CUUCGUCUUUGCCUCUUUCCCACUCCCGGCUCUCUCCCUCUCCCUUCUGCGCCCUCUCACGCUUUCUUCCUUUGCUUCACUCGGCGCGCGCUGAAUGUGACUUGAGAAAUCUUCCUUCAACCCAGCUUCAACUCAUCCCAAAUCAUCUACUCCUCUCUUGGUUUCCCAGACAGUCUCGUUGCGCCUGUCAUCAUCGUCUUCCUUCCCGUCCUCACACAAGAGCAUCAUCCUGAACGAAGCACCCUACUACUCACACAACAUCCCUUGAGGUACCUCACCCGAUUCGAACUUCGGUCACCUGCAGUUGCCCCAAGGCGUCUCUACGUAAUUCGCAUCCAUCUGACACUCGGCCAUCCGUAUUACCUUAGUUCCCACAUGGCAAACAUCCACCUUGGAGCAUAAAGAUCCUAGGGUUCUUACUACUACGCGCUUCCAUAUCAAUCACCUUGCCGGGCCACUUCUCAACAGAUCCGCCCGCUCCUCCCGUCAUUGACUGCAUGAGGAGCUUUUCUUCCGCCACCGCCAAUCAUCUGUCGUAUACCCAACGACUUCUUCGUGCCACGAGCCCUCUCGUGCCGUCACAUGUCCCGCCCCUGAGCUCAUCGCUCGCUUGUGCCUCCCACCCCCAUCAGUACUCGUUCCGACGACCAUUUACUUUACUUAACGGCUCGUACACCACCAUGGCCGCACCCAAGCGAAAGAAGUCCGGUAUAACCAAUGGACAACCUACAAACACCGAGGCUACCAAUCCCGUCCCCGAUACUCCGGCUCCGCGCCGAUCCGCCAGAAACAUCAGCGACGUGAAGAUAGUCACCAAGCCCGGCGCCGCCAUGAGUCCCACCGAAGCCGAUCUCGCAAAAGACCAACCACCGGCUAAGCGCCGCCAGAUUAGCCGUAAGAAGGCCGACUCUGAGAAUGGUGUGCGCCGUGCCAUGAGAGAGCUCACCGAAAUGGAGAAUCGUCUGCAGAAUUCCACCAGGAACCAGCGUCUUGCCAUUGAGACAAGCCAUGUUCCGCCUGGUUCUACCAAGCCUCACUCAGACAAACACGCAUAUAAACCUCACAUGACAGUCCAUGCCUCAGAUCCAGAGAAACUCGCCCGGAUGGCUGAAGAGGAGCGAUCUGGUACCCCCAAUUUGGAUGCCGCCCCAAUCGAGGGUCCGGACGGGGAAGGCGCUGUCGGUGACGUCGAGGAUGACAAGAUGCGCCUCGAAAACGCCCCGGAGAGAGGUGCCGGACGAGAUCCGCCUGUAAACAGUAACUACCUGCCCCUCCCAUGGACUGGGAGGCUGGGUUACGCCUGUCUCAACACAUAUCUCCGCGCUGCAAAUCCACCCGUCUUCAGUUCGAGAACUUGCCGCAUAGCCUCCAUAUUACAACACCGUCAUCCUCUUGCGGAUCCUUCUCAGCCUGAACACGCUACCAAGAAUCGCCCUGACGAAAACCAGCCGGCCGAUAUCAAACGCGGCCAGAAGUAUGUCGAGGAGCUGGGCCUGGCCAACGCUCGGGAUAUUGUGAAAAUGCUCCGAUGGAACGACAAGUACGGAAUCAAAUUCAUGCGACUCAGCUCAGAAAUGUUUCCGUUUGCUAGCCAUGAGGAAUACGGCUACCGUCUUACCCCGUUCGCCGCGGAGCCUCUUGAAGAAGCCGGAAAAGUUGCUGCACAACUGGGCCACAGAUUAACAACACACCCCGGCCAGUUUACUCAGCUCGGCUCACCACGCAAAGAAGUCAUCACAGCUGCAAUUCGAGAUCUUGAAUAUCACGAUGAGUUGCUCAGCCUUCUCCGCCUCCCGGAGCAGCAAAACAGAGACGCCAUCAUGAUUUUGCAUAUGGGUGGCACUUACGGUGACAAGGCGUCUACGCUAGACCGAUUCCGUACCAACUAUGCCAAGCUGUCACAGUCCAUCAAGAAUCGACUUGUCCUCGAGAACGACGACGUCGCCUGGUCUGUUCAUGACCUACUACCUAUCUGCGAAGAGUUGAAUAUCCCAAUGGUUCUUGACUUCCAUCAUCACAAUAUCAUCUUCGACGCAAGCCAAUUGCGUGAAGGCACCGAGGACAUUACAAAGAUCUACGACAGAAUCAGUGCUACAUGGACGCGAAAGAAUAUCAAGCAAAAGAUGCAUUAUAGCGAGUCGUGCCCAAGCGCCACCACACCCCGGGACCGAAGAAAGCACUCUCCGCGAGUGCGCACUCUUCCGCCGUGUCCUCCUGACGCAGAUCUCAUGAUCGAGGCCAAAGACAAGGAGCAGGCUGUUUUCGAACUCAUGCGUACAUUCAGACUUCCGGGAUGGGACUCGUUCAAUAAUGUGGUCCCUCACGAACGUCUUGAUGAAGUCCGGCCUAACAAGGCAGCUGCCAAGAAGGAUGGCAAGAAGAAGCCUAAGAAAUCCAAGAAAAAGAAGGAUGAUGACGAGGAAGACGAGGAGCCAGAGGAGCUUGAACCGGUCGCCGUCGAAGAGAAGAUCGUAGCCCCUGAAGAUUUCGGCAUGGGCGGUCCGCAACAUAGGGUGUAUUGGCCCGAGGGCAUGGAGGAAUGGCUGAGGCCUAAGAAGCGGGAAGUAAAGAAGGCGAAAUCGACACAAAUCAAGGAGGAGAUCAAGAAGGAAGACGAUUAGUGCCAUUAUCUGGUGGCAUGGUGACUGGGGGUUCACCAUGUACAAUCUGUAUAAAGACAAGGCCGGUGCAUUAUCAUCGAGACAUGCUUCGAAAUAGCAGAAAUGAAGUUUGUAAUACGCUAUUGACGAAGAGAUAGGCUGGCG